GUUAAACCGACCAAGCUCGAGCUCACCAGCGCGCGGGGCACAAAAGGCCCCGGAUGAUCGGUUGAGGUUAAAAAUGACAAGGAAUUUGUCUAUGGGAAUCUCGAACACAACAAGCCAGUUUUGCUGUCUCUAGCCGGAUAUUUAAGAAGUGGAGCAAGGGAUUCACUUGAUCAUCCUUCAUGCUCGGACUGUGACGAGGGAUUCACUCGAUCUUCUGUCAGACUGGCGUGCCCGUCAUUUUACGCAAGGGCCUACACAUUCACCUGCUCAGAUAGUGGGAAUGGAUUCAGUCGGUCAUUUCAACUGAAGAUAUAUCAGCAGGUUCACACAGGACAAGGCCAUUCAUUUGUCCUGUGUGUGAGAAGGCAUUCAGUUGGUCUUCCCACCUGUGGACACACCAGUCAGUUCACCCUGGGCAGAGGCUGGUCAGCUGCUGAAUUUGUGGGGAAGGAUUCACUCGGUCAUCCGACCUAAUGGCUCACCAGCAAGUUCACACUAGGGAGAGGCCGUUCACCUGCUCAGACUGUGGGAAGGGAUUUACUAAAUCAUCUCACCUAUUGAGACACCAGUCAGUACACACUGGGGAGAGGCCAUUCACCUGCUCCGACUGUGGGAAGGGAUUCGCUUUGUCAUCCCAACUGAAGGUUCAUCAGCGAGUUCACACUGGACAGAGGCCAUUCACCUGCUCAGAUUGUGGGAAGGGAUUCACUUCGUCAUUUGUCCUACUCAGACACCAGCGAGUUCACACUGGGGAGAGGCCGUUCGCCUGCUCAGUGUGUGGAAAGGGAUUCACUCGAUCAUCCCACCUACAAGCACACUCGUCUGUUCACACAAGGGAGUGGCCAUUCACCUGCUCUGACUGUGGGAAGGGGUUCAUUUGCUCAUCCCACCUGAAGGUUCAUCAGCGAGUUCACACUGGUGAGUGGCCGUUCACCUGCUCAGACUGUGGGAAGGGAUUCACUUUGUCAUCCCAAUUGAAGGUACAUCAGCGAGUUCACACUGGGGAGAGGCCGUUCACCUGCUCUGACUGUGGGAAGGGAUUCACUCGGUCAUCUCAUCUACAGAGACACCAGCGAGUUCACACUGGGGAGAGGCCAUUCACCUGCACAGUGUGUGGGAAGCGAUUCACUCGGUCAUCCCACCUACAAGCACACUGGUCUGUUCACACUGGGGAGAGGCCGUUCACCUGCUCAGUGUGUGGGAAUAGAUUCACUUGCUCAUCCCACCUGAAGGUACAUCAGCGAGUUCACACCGGGGAGAGGCCGUUUAUCUGCUCAGACUGCGGGAAGGGAUUCACUUGCUCAUCCCAACUGAAGGUGCAUCAGCUAGUUCAUACUGGAGAGAGGCCAUUCACCUGCUCAGACUGUGGGAAGGGAUUCACUUACUCAUCCCAACUGAAGGUACAUCAGCGAGUUCACAGUGGGGAGAGGCCGUUCACUUGCUCAGUGUGUGGGAAGGGAUUCACUCGAUCAUCCCACCUGCAAGUACACUGGUCUGUUCACACUGGGGAGAGACCGUUCACCUGCUCAGACUGUGGGAAAGGAUUUACUCAGUCAGGUGAACUGAAGGUACAUCAGCGAGUUCACACUGGGGAGCGGCCGUUCACCUGCUCAGACUGUGGGAAGGGAUUCACUUCGUCAUCUCAACUGAAGGUACAUCAGCGAGUUCACACUGGAGAGAGGCCAUUCACCUGCUCAGACUGUGGAAAAGGAUUCAUUUGCUCAUCCAAACUGAUGGUACAUCAGCGAGUUCACACUGGGGAGAGGCCAUUCACCUGCUCAGUGUGUGGGAAGGGAUUCACUUGCUCAUCCCAACUGAUGGUACAUCAGCGAGUUCACACUGGGGAGAGGCCGUUCACCUGCUCAAACUGCGGUAAGGGAUUCAGUCAGUCAUCUGAACUGAAGGUACACCAGCGAGUUCACACUGGGGAACGGCCGUUCACCUGCUCAAACUGCGGGAAGGGAUUCAGUCAGUCAUCUGAACUGAAGGUACACCAGCGAGUACAUACUGGGGAGCGGCCAUUCACCUGCUCAGACUGUGGAAAAGGAUUCACUUGCUCAUCCCAACUGAAGGCACAUAGGCGAGUUCACACUGGGGUGAGGCCGUUCACCUGCUUGCACUGUGGGAAGGGAUUUACUUCCUCAUCCCAACUGAAGGUACAUCAGCGAGUUCACACUGGGGAGAGGCCGUUCAUCUGCUCAGAUUGUGGGAAGGGAUUCACUCAGUCAUCCGCCCUAAUGGCACACCAACGAGUUCACAGUGGGGAGCGGCCGUACACCUGCUCUGUCUGUGGGAAAGGAUUCACUCUGUCAUGCACCCUACAGAGACAUGAGCGAGUUCACAGUGGGGAGCGGCCGUUCACCUGCUCAGAUUGUGGGAAAGGAUUUACUCAGGCAUCCGAACUACAGGCACACCGGUCAGUUCAUACUGGGGAGUGGCCGUUCACCUGCUCAGUCUGUGGGAAAGGAUUCACUUGGUCAACUGAACUACAGGCACACCAGUCAGUUCAUACUGGGGAGAGGCCGUUCACCUGCUCAGUCUGUGGGAAGGGAUUCACUAAGUCAUAUCAACUGAAGGUACAUCAGCACGUUCACACUGGAGAGAGGCCGUUCACCUGCUCAGACUGUGGGAAGGGAUUCAGUUCAUCCUCUCAACUACUGACGCACCAGCGAGUUCACACUGGAGAUAGGCCAUUCACCUGCCCAGACUGUGGGAAGGGAUUCACUCGGUCAUCUCAUCUACAGAGACACCAGCGUGUUCACACAGGGGAGAGGCCAUUCACCUGCUCAGUGUGUGGGAAGGGAUUCACUCGGUCAUCGAACCUACAGAAACACCAGCGAGUUCACACUGGGUAGAGGCCAAUCAACUGCUCAGACUUCGGGAGGAGAUUCUCUGAGCCAUCUCCACCGAAUGUGCAUCAUUGGGUUCACACUGGGGAGAGGCCGUUCAACAGCUGUGAAUGUGGGAAGCGACUCACUCAGUAUUCUAACCUUAUGUAACUCUCGCUUUAGCUGGCAGCUUAAUAUAGGGGGUGAUAGCCCCCCAGCCCGGCCAAUCUUAAGAAAUCUUGUUUGGGUGGAUGCUGCUUGAUGUGUUCCCUGUUACAAAUCAGUACCCUGAAAAAACAAAUGGUACAUAAUAUGCGAUUAAACGUAUGGGCUUUAUAGUUUCUUACUUUGACUAUAGAACGAGUAAAAAAAAUAAUGAAGAAGAAAGGCCCAAUCUCUCCAUUCAUGUCUUCUCAUCGCUCCCCGGCAAAAGACUGCAAAAAUCUCUCUUCCAGACUCCCAAGAAAGAACAACAUUUCUCCCAUUGGAUAGCCCUGCAUUCCAAAACCCUGUUCUCUCUAGUCGUAACCUAAACAUUGCUGCUACAGAGAAACCAUUACCUCAGCAGUGAUACAUUGCAGAGAGGCCAUUCCAUUAGCAGUGAAACCUCACAGCAUGUUAUACUUGUGACAUAGUGCUGGAAUGUUUCAAUAAGCUGCAUGCUGGAUAUUUGUCCAUCACCGUUGCUGAAUGCUAUUUCGAGAGUGACUGUCGGUGCUGAACUCUGCAGUUAUUGCUGCUGCUCACCACACCCAGUCUGCACCCUGGUCACUGGGCAUGGGAGCAGUUUCUUCUGUUGUAUAUUCACCUUUAUUGGGACUGGAGUUUAACGUAGACUGGAGUGGAGAGCGGCCAGUGAAGGAGUGGGGCUUUGAGGCUUUGGCUCGAGAGGUUUUGGCAGUUUUGGCAGUUGGAUUGUGCAAUCAUGUCAAUCAAGAUUUGAAUAGCUCAGAAUGCAGCUGAUUGGGCAAUCGAGGUCAGGUGACCAAGCAAUUUGAUUGGGCAAUCGAAAAUUGAAAAGCUCAACAAACAAGUAAAGAGAGGGGUAGCUCAAGCGGAGCGGCCAGUGAGUGAGUGGGCCAGUGAAGGAGUGGAGCUUUGAGGCUUUGGCUCGAGAGGUUUCGGCGAGCAAAGGCAGAGGACGAGCUUGCUCCCAGUAAGGUAAGGCCGGUCGGAACGCGUUGAACACGAUGUUUCACGGUGGGGUCGGCAUAUCGAUUAAGGGAUUGAAGAAACAGAAGCAACAUUGAAAUAACUACAAGGCCAUGGUGUAGAAACAAGAAUUAUUCACAGCAGAAUGAAAUAAGAACAGCAAAUUGGGAGAACAGAGUAUUAGUCCAGUCUGCCGGAGAGAGGAAAUGACUGAGCAUGCAGUCGGUUUCAAGAACAAGAGUCUCCUGCAGUCGGUUUAUGUUAUAAUUGUGAGAUGGACAGUGCACCGAUGAAUGACGAUGGCUGGAUCGAGCAGGGCAUUCAGCGUCUUAGAGUCCUAUGGCAAACAGACCAUUCGGCCCGGCAUCACUCUACACGCUAUUCGUUACUCUACUACAUGGAGCCAAUUGAACAGCACGUGAUCUGUAACUUCUAGUGAUUUGAAAAAACCACCUCUUAAAUGUUGAAUGAAGAUAAUCAAAUUAAAUAAAUUCAUUAAUUAAUAUAAAUAAGUAAUUAAAUUUAUAAUUUGAUCGAAGUAAAACCAACCGAGGCAGAGCGUUUCCUGUUCCAGCAUCGUUGAUAUGAAUACAUUUCAUCUCAGCCAUUCUAAAUUGCUACAUUCACCGUGUACCUGCUCUCUUAUGUUUGCCGAUUCUGUCAUAUAUUUCUUAAUGUGUACUACACCAUGAAUCUAUUCGAGUUAUGUCCCACUCAUAAAUAAUAUAAUAUUCAUUUCGAGUUCCUUAUGAUAACUUCAGUCUUGUGUCUAUGUUGUUCUGUGCAGCACUAAGCGAGUUUGUGAAUAGGAAUGCGAGGGAAGGUCAAGGUUCACAUUUGGAAUAAUCCAAAUUCCACAUUGCAGCAUCCGGGUGAUUGAUGACUUCCCGAGAAUUUGGCGUCACUGGUUACGUCACAGCUCAGCCGGGAAUGUUCCGCUCGUCAGGGACAGGGUGGGCGGAAGAGUUUGCCUCAGUGUUGCAAGACACCGUGUCCUAUAUUGCACUCGUCAGUGCUGAAGACAAAGAUGAAUGGAGGAGAAUGGGCAGCUGAUGGUUAAUAGAUUGAUAUUACACUCUGAGCACAUCAAUUGGAGAUGUUGGAAUCCUGGGAACAGUAGAGUACAGUAACAAGCCCUUUGACUCACUACUUCUGCGCUGAACAAGAUACCGAAUGAGAUUAAACUCUGAUGACUGUACAUGACCCAUCUCCCCUCAUUCACCGCAUACGCGUGUGCUUUGAUUCAAUAUUAACCGUUAUGGGAGGCUAGAGGUUAUAUCUCAAAAGAGGCAAACCAGUACCAUCAGCUCCCAUGUUGAAGUAAAUAUUUGAGAAGGGAAGUGGAAACACUUACGGAUUAAACAAAAAGGUGAAGGUUCAGUUACAGAUUCUCCCGGAAGGGAGCAGGAAGGCUAGCGAUUUAGCCAAGCCAGAAUCAGGCUGGGUGGUGAAAAAGAAUCCAGGUGUAGGGGUAGGGAUGACAAGAAACCAGCAAACUCUGUACAUAUAGACUUAGUCAUGACACAGCAAAAGGAUCAGGAUUUGGCAAAGGUAAAAGGAAGAGAGGAAUCUGAAGAGUUUU